AUGCACAGAACCACUGGGAUCCUGGUCGGGCUCUCAGCCUUCUUGCCCGCACUCGCAACACCGACAAGCCAACCCAAAAGCUGUGUCCAGCUCCAAAUCCCUGUGACGGCUUCAGCCAAUAACACUCGCUACAACUCCGUCAAAGUCGAAAGCAACAUCGACCUUGUAGACUUUGUUUGGGACACUUCGACCUGGCCCCACGCCAACAGGAGCGUUGAAGUCCUUCCCGUUCACGGGACUUAUUCUAUAAGCGCUCAGCUCUGCAUUCCUGCCGAUGGCAAGAAGUCGGAUGUCUUGCAGAUCGCCACCCAUGGUCUAGGUUUCGACAAGCGAUACUGGGACCCUGAACUCAAGCCUGAGAAGUAUUCUUAUGUCGAUGCUGCUCUCGCAAAGGGGUACUCUAUCCUGACUUAUGAUCGUCUCGGAACUGGCAAGUCCACCAAAGCCGACGGAUACAACGAGGUCCAGCUUGGAUUGCAGGUCGCAAUCCUGAAAGAGCUCACUAUUCUCGCUAGAGAUGGAAAGCUACUUGAGUCGUCCAAGGCUACCAACAAACGUCCCCAGAAGUCUUUCUACGAUUACAAGCCCAAGAAAGUCGUUCACGUAGGACAUUCAUUUGGUUCCGCCACAACAAGCGGUCUUCUCUCUCUCCACGGUAGUCUCAGCGACGGCGCCAUUUUAACUGGCUUCCUCCCCAACAACCAAAGUGGUAAGGUCGGUGCUAAUACAUUCGGUUUUGAGUUUGCGCGACAGUAUGACCCCAAGCGCUUUGGCGAUCGUCCUGCUGGAUAUGCCGUGCAGGCCAGUUUGAGCAGCAUCCAGCAGAUCUUCCUCAAGAAGGGGUCUUUUGAAGUUGAGGCGCUUGAGUAUGCUGAGAAGAUCAAGCAGACUGGUACAGUUGGGGAGUUAUCCCCUGGUCUUCUUACACAGCCUUCUACUGAGUUUAAGGGUCCCCUCCAGUACUUCAUCGGUGAGAAUGAUUACCCAUUCUGCGAUGGCGAUUGCAACAACACCUACGAUAUGGUGACGCUCAAGGGCCUUAAUCCCGGAGCGUCUCACAUCGGGGUUCACCUACAGCCCGACACAGGCCAUGGUCUUACUCUUUCUACCAAUGCUACGGCGGGUUAUGAAGUCAUGUUAGCCUACUUGGGCUCUCAGGGACUUUAG